AUGACAGAAGCUGGAUUUCUACCAAGGGAGAGAUUGGUUCAGAAGCAACAAUAUUUUCAGAGCAUCAACAAAUACACACAUCAGAAGGGGCCAUAUGGCAAGAUCACCUCAGUGGCUAUUCCCCUUGCUUUGGCAGCAGCAUCUGGAGUUCUCAUCGUGCGAGGGAUCUAUAAUAUGUCUCAUCGGAUUGGGAAGAAAGAAUGA